AGCCUGUCAGAAGAUAACAUUUAUCAAACAUGAAAAGAACCAAAAGUUCAAUGCCUUCUCAAUAGCAUAUAUCAACCACAGAAAUAUUUCUUCUUCUUCUUCUUCUUCUUCUUCCCAAUCUCAUCAGCUACUGUAAUAGCAGUGUAGCAAUACUACAGAAAUGACAAUGAAGAAAGCAGAGCUGUUGUUCAUCCCAGCACCCGGAAGUGGUCACCUCACAGCUGCAGUGGAGAUGGCAAAGCUCCUUGUGGACCGCGAUGAACGGCUCUCCAUUACAGUCAUCAUAAUGAAGAUGCCCUCUGAUUCCAAGGCCAUCACACAAACCCAAUCGACAGCCGAAGACGACAAUUCACGCAUACGUUACAUGGACCUCCCCCAAGACAGUCCAGAACUCAAGUCCAAGGUCGGCUUCGGCUUCAUCGAUGCCCUCAUCGAAAGCAAGAAGACUCACGUGAGAGAUGCCGCUGCCGGGAUAACUGGGCUAGCAGGGUUGGUUUUGGACAUGUUUUGCACCACCAUGAUCGAUGUGGCCGACGAGUUUGGAGUCCCUUCAUACGUCUUCUUCACGUCCAGCGCUGCUUCUCUCGGCUUCAUUUUCCAUCUCCAGUCCCUCCAAGACGACCAAAACCAGGACUUUACUGAGUUGAAAGGCUCUGAUGCUGAGUUGUCAGUCCCAAGUUUUUCCAACUCAGUUCCUAUUAAGGUUAUGGCUUCUUUGUUGCUGGAGAACAAAAGUGAGUGCAGAAAGUUCCUUGAUCACCCCCGAAGGUUCAGAAAGACCAAGGGCAUAAUUGCCAACACGUUCACGGAGCUAGAAUCCCAUGCCGUGAAGUCCCUAUGGGACGGCAACACCCCGCCGGUCUACCCAGUGGGACCUGUACUCAAGCUCAAGGGUGAUGAAGGGACUUGCCAACAAGACGCCAUCAUGAGCUGGCUUGACGACCAGCCUCCUGCAUCAGUGGUUUUCUUGUGCUUUGGGAGCAUGGGAUGCUUUAGUGAACCCCAGGUGAAAGAGAUCGCACAUGCACUAGAGCAAAGUGGCCACCGUUUCUUGUGGUCCCUACGCCAACCUCCGCCAAAAGGAAUGAUGCUUCCGGGGGAGUACGCCAAUCCUGAUGAAGUAUUGCCGGAGGGGUUCCUGGAACGAACAGCGGAGAUAGGGAAAGUGAUUGGUUGGGCUCCACAGGUGGCAGUGCUAUCACAUCCGGCGGUGGGAGGGUUCGUGUCACAUUGCGGGUGGAAUUCUAUAUUGGAGAGCGUGUGGUGCGGAGUGCCUAUGGCAGCAUGGCCACUCUAUGCUGAGCAACAGCAGAAUGCAUUUGAGAUGGUGAGGGAGUUGGGGUUGGCGGUGGAGAUCAAGAUGGACUACAGGAUGAAUUCCGAUCAGCCGGUACUGACCGCGAAGGAGAUAGAAAGCAAGAUAAGGCUGCUGAUGAUGGAGGAUGGUGAAAUCAGGAAGAAGGUGAAGGAGAUGAAGGAGAAGAGCAGAGAAGCCAUGAUGGAGGGUGGAUCAUCCUUCAUCUCCCUUGGACAUUUGAUUGACGACGUGAUUAAAAAUAUGGAGUCCCACUCGCACUAAUCCGUUGUCAGAGUAGAAAAAUAUCUUCUUGCUAGCUCCAUGUUUUCUGUACAUUCUGAGAGCAGCAUAAUUCCAGUUUCUUCCAUGAAUCAAAGACUGUACCAGCACAUUGAAUGCACUCUUUGAAGAACUCACGCUAGUCUUUGCCUCUUUUCAACUGAGCACCUAUUGUAUUGAAGCAUCUUCAAGCAAAGUCAAUUUUCUAGAAAGUUAUCUCUACAAACACACACGAAGAUGUAAAACCAAAUUUCAAUUGUGUGCAUGGCUGUAAACAAGUUAUAGAUUCUUAGAUAACUUAGUUUAUAUUUAACACAAUCAAAAGAAUUUGCAGAGUCA